GUUGAGAGUAUCUCUUUUCUACCAGAUCACACGAAAUAAGAGAUCGUAGUUAUUGUUUCUAAGAGCAUCUUUAUCGGCGUCUUUAGGCCGUCUCUUAAGCUAAUUGAGCAUUAAAAAUAAAUCAAAAAGGUUAAUAAACAUAAGAGGCGUCUUUAAUUUGGGGACAGGAAGAGACCGUAUUUGAAGCCACGUGUUGGUAAAAUGAGAGGAGAGAGGAGGAGCGUGUGUUUCUAUCGGUUCGCUUUGGUUCGCAAUUCUCUCUCUCUCAAAGACAAGGAAAUCAACGGUGGCUUCUGAGCGAGCCUGGAGCUCCGGAGCAAAUCGUCUCCCACCACCACAAAGAUCCAGAAACGCGAUCCCCUUUCUCCUCCAAACCUCGCCGUCGUUCGCGAUUCUCCUGGAUUCAGAAACAAACACGGAGAGCAUACACAGGUCCGGUGAUCGGUUCGAUCCUGAUAGACAAUGUUGAAGAUUAUGUGUUUGUGAUGGCGUCGCAUCAGAUUAGAAUCCAUCGUGCCAAGAAAAGUGAUUUCUAUUGAGAGUGAGGAGUCGUCCGAUCAUUGAAGAUAGUAAUCUGAGCGAGCCUGAAGACGAGGGUGGAUGUUGUAGCUUGCCGCAAUGAGAGGAAUUAGCUACACUCCGUCACCACCAAGGGGUUAUGGGAGGAGGGGUCGAACAAGCCCAAGCCCUAGAGGAGGCCGUUAUGGAGGUCGUAGUGCGGACCUUCCGACCAGUUUUUUGGUUCGCAAUCUACGCCAUGACUGCAGUUUUUCAUCAGAUUCUCGAUCUUCUUCAUCUCCUAUCAACCAUCGUUCGUUGCGAUUCGGAAUUUCUGAAGUUUUGAGCUUCGAUUUGCUCAUUUUCAUGAUUUGAGCUUCGAUCGGCAACUAUGGUGAGGCAAGGGAAGAAGGCAAGAGAUCGACAAACUUCUCCGGCAUCGGAUCAUACUCCGACUGCGGAUCCAGCUGAAGUCACGCAUACUCCGACUUCACUUCCUCCGAUCCAGACUCGAGGUCGAUUCAAUCCAAUUUUAUCAGAUGCGACGUCUGAUAUCUUGCAUAUUUGCAUUGUUUUAUUCAUUCAUUCAUAAACAUUUUCAUCAUAGAGAUUAGGAUUUAGACAUGUUUAGGUUGCAUUUUGCAUACAUGAGUCUCUAUUAGGUACUGGAGUGCCACAUGGAGUUCUUGGGGACAUUUGGAGCUCAAAGGAGGUGAAAUAGGUGAUCAUUAAACGAACAGAGCAUGGGAGCGACCUCCUGGAGCGACAUCACGAAGUCGCUGUGUCCCACCUCUCAGAGGGACCUUCCUAAAGCGACGCCAUGAAGUCGCUCGCGUUCUCGUUACUCCGAACAGUCUUAGAUGACCCUGGAGCGACCUCUCAGAGCGACCUACCAAGGUCGCUCCCGAUCCAGAGCGACCCGUUGGAGCGACGCACCAAAGUCGUUCGCAACUAUCGGCCCUGGAGCGAUUUGCCCAGAGCGACGCACCGAGGUCGCUCGCAUCUCACACCCCUCUCGGAGCGACCUCCCAAAGCGACACCCCGAGGUCGCUCGCGUCUCUAUGGCGAGACGACACGAAGCGAAGCCCGGAGCGACCUCUCAGAGCGAUCCACUGAGGUCGCUCCCGAAGGCCAGAGCGACCUCUCGGAGCGACAUGCCGAGGUCGCUCCGCGUCUAUUGUUGGGUCGAUUUCUAUUUUACUUAAGGGCCUUUUGGUCAUUUCAUUAUGCACGUUUUUAUUUUCUAAACCUAUGUUUUUAUACUCUGUAAGCCACCAGGAGGAGAUUAUCUUUUGGAUCUAUUGAGAAAGACACAAAAACUCUCUUGAAAAGUUCAUCUCUUGGAUUUUUGAUUGUUAUGUUCUUGUGUUCUUGUUGAUUUCUUAUCUAUUUCUCUACAUGAUUAAUCUGAAAACCAAUAUGGGUUUAAGAGGAAUCAUGGAGAUUAGUGAGUAAUCACCUUUUGAAUUCAUGGGUUAGGGAGAUUAAGGGUGAUUAGGUUAGUUCUAGGAUGUUUUAGUGUAGAUCAUUCUUGUUCCUUGCUAGUAGAGUAUUCUUAAUGCAUCUUCUGAGUUGACCACUCAAAAGUUGAUCAAUAGGCAUUUCCCACCCGAAAGGUGUUUGAUGAAAUGCCUGAGACAACUCUCCUAGGCUUUUAGUAUACUUUGCCAAAGACAUUUGUUGUUAAAGAUGCUAAGAUAGCUAAUAGACUUGUUAGUAAUGAUUGCUUUCAUAUUAUUCAACCAAAGAUAUUUGAUGUUUGAGAUAUGUUAGCAAAUGAGCAUUCAUCUAGACAUAGAGCUUGCUUAGAAUUGUGUCUAGGCUUAAGGUUGAUAGUUUGAUUGAUCGUUUGCCAUCCUUAGUUCGAUACUUGAUCACCCAAGGUCUAAUCCCUAUGCCCAUGAGUUCUCUUUUCCAUUAGUCAAGAAAGUAUCAUUCUGUUAUUGCUUUCUAGUUUUAGUCAUAGUUUAAAAUCCAUUUAAAUCAUUGGUUGCACUUAGAUUAAGUGAGUACUUGCAUUCUCAGUGCUUUGAUAUCCCUCAAAACUGGUUCGACAAUCACUAUACUACAACAUUUGUCUUAGGAGCCUUGAAAACUCCUAACAUCAAAUUGGCACCGUUGCCAAAUUCUGAGUAGAUUUAAACAUUGAGAUUUAGUCACUUGCUUGAGACUAAGUCAUUUUAAAUUUUGUUUUGUUACUGACUCUUCUUCUUCACCUACCUUUAACUUUCAGGUGUAGGAACUUGAGGAGCAGGGGUCCAUCAAACCUAGUUCCAAUAGUAGCAGACAUCAGAGCUUUAGAGAGAGUGUGUGCUAGAGCUAGAAGAGAAGAAGAGCAACAAUUGGAUGUUGAUAUGGCAGAUACACAACAUGAGGCAGAACACCAACCGCAGGUAGCUCGACCCAUUGGUACUUAUGACCGCCCCAACAUUCAUGGUUAUAGACUGGGAAUCCGAGCACCGGCUGUGGCAGCCAACAACUUUGAGGUCAAGUCAGGACUCCUCAACGUGAUCGAGAACAACAAGUAUCAUGGCUUGGCUCUAGAGGACCCAUUUGAUCACUUGGAUAGGUUCGACAGCUACUGUGGGUUGUCAAAAACCAAUGGUGUGUCCGAAGAUGCUUUAAAGCUCAAGCUAUUCCCUUUCUCUUUGGGGGAUAAGGCACGUCAGUGGGAGAAGUCUUUACCCAGCGACUCUAUCACUACUUGGGAUGAGUGCAAGAGAGCAUUCUUGGAGAAAUUCUUCUCAUCCUCAAGAACUGCUAAGUUGAGAAAUGAGAUCUCCAGCUUUCAACAGAAGGGCUUGGAAGGAUUCAGUGAAGCCUGGGAGAGAUUCAAGGGCUACCAAGCUCAAUGCCCUCACCAUGGUUUCUCUAAAGAAAGCGUGCUGAGCACAUUCUACCGUGCUCUUCCUAAGUACAGAGCCAGACUGGAUACAACUAGCAAUGAGUUCUUCUUGGGAAGAACUGAAGAUGAUGCAGAAGAGCUGGUUGACAACAUGGUAAAGAGUGAUGCAUUAUACAGUGGAGACCACGACAGGGGCAGUAGGGGUGAUGAUAAGCAGACGAGGAAAGAGAUCAAAGCUCUCCAGGAUAAGAUAGACAUCCUCCUUGCUGAUAAAGCCACACAAGAGCAGCUGCACUUUGUUGGUAACCCAAGCCAAGAGACACCACCUGUUGUCCAUGAGGUUGAGGGUUUGGAAGGGCAAGAAGAGUUGUGUUUCAUCAACAACAAUGGUAGCUGGUACAAGAAAGAGCCCAACUUUCAGUACAACAACUACCAACAAAAAUCAUAUCCUAACAACCAACAUAGUGGUUAUCCGCCAAGGAACAACCAGCAAGGCAACUAUCAGCCUCAGCAAAACCCUCCUCCUGGUUUCUCCAACAAAGGGAACCAGUCUUCUCAACAACAAGCUAAUCCUUCUACCUCUACUCCUCAGGAAAGCAGCACUGAUGUUCUACUGAAACAGAUCUUGGAGUCUCAGACUAGAAGUGAAAAGCAGGUUGGAUAUGAGUUGAAGAACCUUCACUCCAAGAUUGAUGGAAGUUACAAUGAGCUCAACAACAAGUUCAUGGCUUUGGAAAACCAGUUUGCUUCCAUGACCACUCACCAGAAUUGCCAGCAAGGGUCUCUACCUGGAAAAUCUGAGCAAAAACCCAAGGAGUAUUGCAAUGUUGUCCUCUCUACCACUUCUUCAGGGAUUGAAUUGAGUAACCACAAGAAAGAGGUAGAUGAAAUUUUAAGAUUGGUGUUUGGAACUGAGAUUGAACAGGUUCAGCAUCUGAUUGUAGCAACAGCUGAAGCAAAGAUUGUGAAGGAAGCUGACAAAAUGGUUGAAGUAAAGAUUUUGAAGGGAGAUGCACCCAUGGCUGAGAAACCAGUUGCGAAGAGAGCUAACCGGAAGCUGAAAGAAGUCAAGCUGGAGGACACCACUGAGGUUGAGCAGUCACCAUAUGACAAGCUCCCAUUUCCACAAAGGGUCCUCACCAAAGCUCAAAAGAAGGUAAUUUCCAAGUUCAGAAAAGACUUAAGUGAUAUUGGAGUUAAGCUUCCAGAGAUCUCGGGUAUGCGUGAGGCUCAUGUCCAAAUGAUGCUCAUCAAGGACAUUGUAGACCACCAAGCAGAAGUAGCAGAGCUCCUCAACAUUUCAACUUUGAAACUUGAUCCAGCCAUCACACCAAAGUCUCUCCCUAAACUAGAAUCCCAAGGGAAGUUCACCUUGUCCUGCUCCCUUGGUAACCUCACCUUUGAUGAUGCUCUUGUUGAUUCCGGUGCAAGUGUGAAUGUGAUCUCAAUGGAGAUGGUGAAGAGUCUUGAGAUUGAACACAUGGAGUCAGAUACUUCCUCUCUCACGUUUGGGGAUUCUUCUUCUACUACCCCUAUUGGUCUCAUCAAGGAUUUUCCUUUGAAGAUUGGAUCUUGCACCAUCCCUAUAGACCUCACUGUCUUGAAGAUGGCAACUGAGAAGAGAGUGCCAUUGAUCCUGGGCACACCAUUCCUUACUACUGUGGGUGCUUGCAUCGAUUUCGCCAACAAGAAGGUCACACUCCUCAAUGUCAACAAAGCUGUCUCUUACCCAAUUCAGUCUCCACUGGAUGUUGAGUAUUAUGGAACCAUCACUUGUGGAGACCCCUACAUUGAGAAGGAUCCUCCUUCUCAACUUUCCACUUGAGGUACUUCUCUACUUUCCCUUGUAUAUACCAUUUCAUUUUUGCAUAUUAGCUUUCUCUUUUGGGUAUCUCUCUCUACUUGACAACACAGAGACUGUGUCAUUUAAGUUUGGGGGAGGUACCAAGUAUUUGAUCAUGUUUGCUUUGAUGUUGUUCAUUGAGUCAUGCAUUGCAUACCUAUUUGCAUAUUUAAAAAAAAAAAAAAA